AUGAAUCAUCACAGUCACCACGAUCAUGCGAAUCACGCAGAUCACGGGCAUAAUCACGAAGAUCACGGACAACACAAUCACGCGGAUCACGGACAUCAUUCGGAACAUGGAAAUCACGCGGAUCAUUCCAAUCACGUGCAUAACGAAAAUUACAAAGGGGAUUCACAAACAACAUACAAUACUACGGAUAUAAGCUUAAUUGAAAACAGGGAUGCAGAAGCAAAUAGCAAAAUAGAUAAAAUGUCUGUGGCAAAACACGUUUGGGAAUCGUGUAAACCAGGUAGUAAAUUUAUGUUAUCAUCCCCUACGGUAUCCGUGAGAAGGAUACAAUUAAUGAGAUCCCAACUUCAAUGUAAUCCGAAAGCAUGGGAAAACGAACCCCUAAUGGAACAAAUCCCCGAAAUUAAUUGUAUUAAAAUUAAGGGUAAAAAAAAAUGUCCGUGUAAAGAUCAGGAAAAACCAAAACAUUCAAAUUAUUCGUCUGCUAGUUCCGUAUCCGAAUUUUUACACGGAAUUCUUCUCGGGGAUGUGUUACAUAGGGGUAAGUAUAAUUAUUAUAAUUGA